CUUCUAUAUAAUAUAGGAGAGGCAGUGCAGAAGACGCGGUCUUAGUCAGUCGGCCCCCCAACAGCUAACCAACUAACGUAAUCCCAAAUACGGGCGGCGUCUCACUCGCUUGAAAGCCGACGUUGAUUGCUGUGGACCACACUAUACCACGCUAUAGCCCAUACCACACUAUAAUAUGACAUUCCACAGCCAAUCGCAAUGUGGUCCCUGGCCCCCUCAACAAUCAUACUAGUCAUGUGAUCUCUCACUUUUUCUGUGAUCGGCACAACAUUGACCACCUGCUCAUUUCAACACUCCAGAUCAACAACGGCCCUUACAACAUUGCCCUAUAUUACUCAACAGCCUGUUUGUGAUUUGAUCGCACUGAUGACGCAAACAUCUUCUUUCGCCCUCAUAACCGGCUGUAGCAGUGGCAUUGGAAAAGCGCUCGCAGUAGCGUUCGCAGAACAAGGAGUUACCGUUCUUGCAACCGCCCGACGUGUCGAAUAUCUCAAGGAGCUAACACGCGAGCACGAGAAUAUCGAAGCUUUUGAGCUGGAGCUCAGCAGUUCAGAGAGUAUUGCCAAGCUGAAGGAUGCGGUAUCCGAGCGCACUGGUGGCCGGUUAGAUUUCCUGGUCAACAAUGCAGGAACGCAUUACGCAUCCACCGCAAUGGACCUUGAGAUUGAACAGGUCGAGAAACUGUUUCAAGUCAACGUCUUUGCUGUCAUGCGACUUUGCCAGAUUUUCAUCCCGCUCCUUCGUAACUCACCUCGCGGACGUAUUGUGCAGCUUGGAAGCGUGACAAGGAACGUGCCUAUGGUCUGGCAGGCGCCUUAUAAUGCCUCCAAGGCGGCCCUCAGUCAGUAUUCCAACACGCUCCGCUUGGAGGUCAAGCCAUUUGGAAUAGAGGUCAUUGAGCUUGUCACCGGCUUCGUGCAGAGUAAUAUUCUACACCAUGGAAUGUAUGCUCCGGAGACAUCCCUCUAUCUCCCACUCAAGAAGACCAUCGAGGAUAUCAAGUACGAAGGCAACGCGAAUGGCAUGCCGGCAGAUGCUUAUGCGAGAUCUGUGGUCGCGAAGCUGGUGAAGCCACGGGUCAGUGCCGAAAUAUGGGAAGGCGCUCUCGCGCGCACUCUUCGAUUACUUGUUACAAUUUUACCACUGCGGCUAUUUAAUUGGUUCUUUUACCGAAGGUUCAAGCUUGGCCUUCUGGAAGGUCACGAAGGCGAUAAAAACAAGGUCAAACCUUUUUAGCUGGUGAAACCAAAAAGCUUGGCCUAGAUUCAGUUUGUGUCUGAUACGGUCUUUACUUUGACCCGGGAUAGUUCGUGUUAAUGGUGUUGACUUCUAUCUCUGAAGGCUUUUGUCGAAUCGUCCACUUGCCCCUUUGCCCACAAAUGAGGAUGUAUCUCCCAGCUGUGCAUGAUGCUUUCCCAAGUGACUUUAUCGGAACAAGAUCUGGAAUCUUGCGUUCUGCAUGACUCACACGAUUAUUCUUGGCAAGAUGGGUUGAUUAAUAACCGAAGGAAACUCCAUUCACCGUCACACGGACAAAUGCCUUUUUCGGCCUGAUGAUAAGCUGUGUGUAUGAACAUAACAUAGUAAAUGCUCUCAUCAUAUGUCUUACCCUACGAUCGUAUUGUCUCAAUUCGUUACGAUCUUCUCAUAAUCCAUGUCUUUGAGGUUGCCGGUCCGCAUCUAUUGAGGUAUCUGGUGAAAGCAUAACGAGGAGGUGGAGAUAUUUGACUUUUCAAAGUCGAUUCAAAGCUCGAUGAUUUAUGUGACAGUUGCUGGGUUACAGCGCUCCUUAGCUAUUAUCUACAGUACAAAACCUUCAACAAACCACCAAUCGAUACGUCCACCUUGUACUUCACUAUAGCAGUCCCGCUCUUCGUCCU